AUGGGACACUUGGUAGUGACCUUGAUCUUGACCUGGAGGUCAAAUAAGAAUAUCAAUAGUGAAGAUAUCCCAACAGCACAACUAUCUCAAACAGAAUGGCGAAAUAAUAUAACAGAAUUGAAAAGUGCGUAUUCAACAAAAGAAGCUGAUGUUAAGGCCACAAUUGAAGCAAAGAAAAAACCUGUAGACUUAAAAACAAGUGAUCAGAAGUACCAAAAAUCUUUCAUCAGAGAUGAUGAUUUGAAAAAAAAUGCAGAUUCCGAGACCCUAACCAUGUUACCAAUUUCAUCCACGAUGACUCCAAUGAAGAUGGAUCAAUCUUCAAUGACAACAAAAUAUAAUGUCACAAAUAUAUUGAUUCCAUUUCUUCUUCAUGGAGAACCGAUAAUUGCUAUGAUAAACACGACACCAAUCAACUUAUCCACAUCUACGCAAAUCAAUCUUAUUGCCCAGAAUAUAACAAACCUUACGAUGGAGAUUCAAACUACAGAAGAGACAUUAUUGAGAGCCAGGGCCUUGAACAUUUCUUCUCCGGAACCAACGAACUCAUUACAUACUAAUAUCACGGAUCUUAGCGAUGUCAGCAUGGAUGAUGAUGAUAAGGAUACCGAAGGUGGAGAAUACAUCGCAUCAAACAAUGAAACUACCAUAAACGUUUCUUCGAUUUUAUUUCCAAAAAUGUGUAUCUAUGGAAAUCAUACUUAUUCAGUAGGAGAAAAACUGAUUAAAGAUUGCAAGGAAAAGUGCAUAUGUUCCGAAAAUGGAAUUAUAGAUUGCCAGCCAUUAUGUGUUUUUCCUAACAUUAAGGAGGACAAAAAUAUUGAAGACUCUUUGUGUCAAGGAAAAUUAACCACUGAAGAAUCCUGUUGUGCUCACAUUCUCUGUCCCACAGAUUCGGCUACUAAAUCGGAAGAAAUGUGUGUAUUCGGCAACAAAACUGUAACUGUAGGACAACGUAUCGAAAAUGGCUGUUCCGAAGUAUGCGUCUGUGAGGCCGGUGGUCAUUUAAAAUGUCAGCCCAGAUGUCCACCAAAUGAAACUGUUUCUAUAAUCAAUCAGCAUGAACGCUGCGUCGUAUUAUCCGAUCCCAGAGAUGCCUGUUGUACUAUUACACUUUGCGAUGUUACUUUGGGCGACCAUGAGAUUAAACCGGACAAUACCAUCGACUUAAAUAUACAUUUGAUAGAUGUAAAAGUGUUGAACUCAACAGCAAUCAAACUGAAGAUGUCUGUAAAAGAUCUUCAAAAUGUUACUAUAGAGAUUUCACAGAACAAUCAUGUGUGGAGACAGCAGAAACCUGAUAAAGAUGGUAUUAUUUCAAGUUUGGAACCCGCGCACACAUACUAUGUUCGUGUGACGGAAGGAAGUCGUACUGGGCCAGUUGUACAGGUGUCUCUGCCAGCAGAAGUGGUAAAAACAAAUAUUUCCGAGAAAACGUCUGACAAGAAUUCCUGCAAUUACAGAGGAAAGUCGUAUAAAAUUGGCGCGGAAUGGUAUGAUGAAUGCAUCUUCUUCUGCAUUUGCGCGGAAGGUGGCAAGAAUGAAUGUAACACAAUAGAGUGUCCCACAGACUUUGGACUGGAUGUGUUGGAUCCUCACUGUCUAGAUUGGGAAACAGUUCCAGCAAAUUUUGUACCAAAGGCACCACAGUGUUGUCCUCAGGAGGUACGCUGUAGAAAUAAUGGUUCUUGUAACUAUGAAGGAAUCAUGUAUGAUAAUUGGAGCGAAUUGCCUUCAAAUGUCACUGGUUGCGAGAAGCGUUGUUAUUGCGAAAUGGGCAAUGUGUCUUGUCAAGCUGCUUGUAAACCUGUACCAGCUCUACCACCCGCUAAUUUGCCGUGUCCUCCUCAUCAGGCAACACUGAUGCAUUCACCUGUUAAUCCAUGCUGUUUACAAUGGAUUUGUAGUAGUCAUUCAUCAUCACAAUUGCCAGGUUUGGACCAUAAUAUUAUAUCUCCAGGCUUUUCAUUACCUGGAUUUGCAACUGCACCUUCAUCUAAUGAAAUUAUAAUGCAAAUACUGGAAGCUCUAGAUGAACAUACAGUUCGGCUAGUAUUUACUAUACCUCAAGUCCUGGUAGGACUACAUGGGAGAGUUGAACUACGAUAUACUAGCGAUAAAACAAAUUUUGAUCCAUCCACGUGGAAAGUACAAGUGUUCGCUCCUCCUAAUGAUUUAAUUGCAACAUCUCAACUUGAAUUUGAGUUAGGUGAUUUAAAGUCUAUGACUGAAUAUAAAAUGAAGAUCACAGUGAAAUUGAAGGAUUUAGCCAAUAGUCCAACUAGCAAGAUUUAUAGCGUACGCACGUUAGAAAAACAUACGGAAAUGAUAACUUUGCCACCGCAAAUAUUAAUUGAUGCUGAACUUAGAAUAAUGGAAACGAACUCUACUUGGAUUAAUGUUAUGUGGAAAAAAUUCACAGAUUAUGAGUUACAAUUCAUAGAUGGCGUUCAAUUGAGAUAUAAAGAAUAUGAUGGUAAAGUUUAUGCGACGACACCACUAAUACAUCGUGCUGUAACAAAUUGUGUAAUUGAGAACUUGAAACCAUCAACUACGUAUGAAAUCGGCAUUUACUUUAUACCAUUUCCGGGACAAUUAACGGAGUUAAUGAGCGAGAAAACAAUUCAGGUAGCUACGUUGAUGGAACCAGAUCCGUACUCUUUCGACGUAACAGUUGAAAUUAAGACGAUCAAAUCAACAAACGUGGAAGUGUUAUGGAAUGGUGUGCCUUAUCCGGAGGACAAAUAUGUGAACAUCUAUCGUGCAAUUUAUCAAAGUGAUAGUGGCAAAGAAGACACUAGUGUCUUCAAAAUUGCUAAAAGAGAUUCUGAUGCCAAAACCGUCAUCAGUGAUCUCAAACCUGGUACUAGAUAUCGACUAUGGCUUGAAAUAUAUUUAACAAAUGGAAGAAUAAAAAAGAGUAACGUGCAAGAUUUUAUCACUAAACCAGGUGUUUUCUUAUCACCCACUGUGUCUCAACAAGCCGGAAAAAUUGCAUCAUUUCCUCUUUAUGAAGGAGAUUAUUACGGCCCUUUGGUGAUAGUGGCCAUUGUGGCUUCCUUGGCAAUACUAUCGACUUUAAUUUUGUUAAUGAUGUUGAUGAAAAGACGAACAAGUAGUAAGGCUGACAUAUCAUCUCGUAAAACAACAUCAGCGUAUGACAAUCCUUCCUACAAGACCUGUGAAGAUGUGAUUGCAAUAUCUAAUGGAAGGAACAAAACUACAACAGAUCACGAGAUGGCAAUCAUAAAUUUGAUGAAUGUCAAGGAAACUGCUUGAAGUUCUAUAAU